AUGUCAAAUCCGUUUCAUUUGGACCUAUAUCCUAAUCUAGAACCAUUCAUCGAUGGAUUUACAGUGCCCUUACAAGGAUUGGACAAUCGAGUCUACCACAUAGAAGAGCAAUACACGAAUAAAGCUAUUUACUUCGAAGAAGGCAGAUGGGAGGGAAAGGGAGUGCGAGCUGAACUUCAUGAGUUGCAACACGCUGUAUCAGGGCGAAAAUAUGCUGAGGUAGACAGAAGAUCAAUCGAUCCACCUCCAGUUGUUUUGCUUCGUUUGUUUGAACGUACGCCCCCUGGUCAAUAUGGGUCUCUAGAGUAUGAGAUCCCCAAUUACGAAAACAUCGGGACCAUGGGACUCCUAUGUGCUGUGGAUCUGAUACCUGACAAUGAAUCUCAUAGUGGGGACUCGGAGCGCGUCCAUCCUUUGUCCUUUCCCGGAAAUGCCCCAGUAGCCGAGUCAGAAAUCGCCCGACUGACUACGAAUGUUCUCAUCGGGUCCAAGGUGGUUCAGCCGCAUCUCAUAGAGCGCAAUGGCCAAAAAAAUCUGAUGUUUGUCUUCUCCGACCUUGCCGUUAGAAAUUUGGGUUAUUUUAGACUUCGCUACAGAUUCUUCGAUUUGGUUUCGACUGCAGUGCCAGGUAAAGAUACGACGAUCCAAGCCGAGUGUAUUGGGGGUAGAUUCAAAGUCUUCUCCACAAAAGAUUUUCCUGGCUUGCAGGUAUCAACAGAGUUGACGAAAAUACUUUCGGCACAAGGAGUACCCUUGAAUGUUAGGAACUCAGAACGUAAACCCAAGACAAGAAAGCAUGACCGCACAUAA